AUGUCCUCUCCUGCAGUAGCCACGCCGCUCAUCGCUCUCCUCCUCGUCACUACCUCCUCAACACUAGGCACGUCCAUCAUAUUCCGCUACCCGCCGUACCCGUCCUCGUCUGCCCGUCUUAUGCGCCCUCUUCCCUACCGUCAAGGUGCGCGGCAUGGCUUGGAUGGGAUGUAUCAAGCUAGCCACUUACCGUCGGACGAAGAGGAGGAGGAAGCAGAGGAGGAGCAGGUGAGGGAGAUGGAGGCUAGCGGACGGUGGGUGGAGGAACAGGUAGAGUAUCUCUUUCCCCGUCCUAUCUGGGAAAGCAGGCCUACGACGCCCCUCUCAACACGGAGCAGCAGUCGCCCACCUCCCUCCCCCAAGUUGGGUACGAAGCUCAAAAAGGACUACGAUACUGUUUUAUCUUUCUCUUCGGCGACACUAGCAGAGAUCCUUGAGCCAGCGAGGGAGCUGUGUUACCAGAAGUUUGAGCUGGUGGUCGACGACCUCGCAUUCGUCGGACACCCGGUCUGUGUCGCACGAGACGGUGUAUGGAGGAUGGACAACAUCGCACCUCCCAGCUCACCGCGGAACGAGCCAACGGAGAAAAGGGAGCGCAUCUCCUUCUUUCAUCUUGUGCUCGUGCUCGACCGCCCGGACCCAGCGAGCUACCAUAGCGCGGACCUCUCUUCCUUCCUCGCACCCUACCACGCACAAGUCGCGUUCAAGCUCACUGCUGGGCUGGUACAUGAGGAAGUUCGGGCAGAGUAUGUGAGCAAGCACUGUGCGCGGCUGGCAGAGAUGCAGGAGCGAGUGAGGGGGAAGGGAGGUUGGUAUGACCAGUUCUGCGACGAGGCUACUGGGGAGGCGGGCGACGAGUUGGCUAGGGUUAUGAGAGAGGUGUUCGAGGCUGUUUCGAGGGAUGGGAGUGCAAGAGUGAGGAUCAACCAUAUUGUUGUCGAUGUCCAACUUCCACCUGCGGAUGACGAGGAUGAAGAAGACGAGUCGGAGAAUCUGGAUUUGGAGAAGACUGUGUAUGGCUGGGUGCCGCGGUUGAGGCCGUGGAGCGCUCUGUUGAUGCUGGAAGAGGUCGAUGAGCUUCCGGAGGAGGUGGAGGACCAGGAGUUCAGGCAACGAUUUUUCGACACUCUAGAACCGACGCUGUCGUUGUCGGACAUGAGCAACCUGCUUGAUCUCGACCUCUGGGCGGACGUCUACCCUCUGGCUCGAGCUCUUAUCUACACCCGCAAGGCUAAGCUUGUAGACGUAGUACGCGAGAACCUGAAGAGUGUGUACUACCCCACGUCGAGCGUGGAGCCUUGCCCUGCGGACCACUUCCAUGAUUUUUCGCGCGCGUUCCCGACCCUUCCCCACUUGGCUACCAUCCUCUCCUCUCUUUCGCUCUCCCCGGUCCCUUUCUCCUCUAUCGUUCCUGCGUCCAAAGAUCGACCGUUGUAUUUAGAAGCGCUCAUAUGGCUGCUGAAGCGCAACCUCCUGCAGAUGAUGCAUGUCCGUGUCCGCCUCAUCGCCCCUCAAGAACUGAAAGAAUCCUUCGCUUUACACCGAGCUCGCAAACUGUCGAUGACGAUGACAGAGCCUACAUCCUCUAGCUAUUCCCCUGAAACACCCUUUCUUGCAAACGGCCUCUUAUCGCCGAUGCUGCUCCAGCGUACCCGCCUCCCGGUACACCAACCCGGUUCUGAAGAAGACUCUUCGAGCGACCAGGAACAGGAGGAAGAAUUGGUACCUGGGGUGAUUGUCGACCCUGGCCGUGCUAGCAAGAUAGAACGCAGAUGGCUGGAUGAGAUGAAUCGCGGGAAAGAGCAAAGAGUCGUUGACUUGUUCGAGAGACUGCUCCCGUACUUUGACGGGAAGACGACAGUGGACGAGAUACUUUACAGGACUGAAGUGGGGAGGAGGGACCUGCGCGAGGUUUUACAUCUGUAUGACCCUUAUGUGAGUCUUGAACCUGGAACUGAACUGUCGAAUAACCCCAUAUAG